UGUAUUGGGUGCAGUGGUAACGCUUAUGUGACAGUAGCCAAAGAAGGAGCAAUAGCUCAUGCGGUCGGGCCAUGGAUUUGGGGACUGUCUCUUACAGCCGGCAUAUAUGUAUGCGGAGGUGUUUCCGGGGGUCACGUGAACCCAGCGGUCACUUUGGGAAUGGCAUCCAUAGGAAAGCUCCCGUGGCGUAAAGUAUUUCACUAUUUUUUGGCUCAAUAUAUCGGGGCUUUCAUUGCGGCCGUCAUUACGUAUGUUGUCUAUAGAGAAGCCAUUCUCUAUCAGUUUGACGGAAAACUGCUAACCACUGGUCCGAACGCAACCGCCGGCAUAUUUGGCACUUUUCCUGCGCCCGGGAUUACCACUGGAACUGCUAUUAUAGAUCAGAUCGUUUCGGUUGCUUUCUUUCUGCUUCUAAUCAAUGCCAUAACGGAUGAGAGGAAUAUGGCCUGUCCUAAAGGGUUGGUUCCGAUAGCCAUUGGAAUGACAAACUUGGGUUUAUUGGUGUUUUCAUUUGGGUAUAACUGCGGCGGACCUAUAAAUCCCGCCCGAGAUUUUAGCCCCCGAUUGUUCUCAGCGAUGGCCGGUUGGGGUACAGAUGUCUUCUCGUAA